AUGAGCUCGCCGUUAUUAUUCGAGCAGCUAAAUUUUCUAAUUCUGGUGGCGUCGGAGGCAGAACUUCCCAUCGCUCACUCCACCAAAGAGGUUUUAAUGGAGAAUUCAUGCAAUAACUGUCAGAUCUACGAGCUAUAUAAUGAAGAUGUAAGUAGCUCUCAGAUGGGCAGAGACUGGUUCAUAGAAAAAUUCGGCCCACAAACGGUACAUUUCGUCAUCAGUAAUACAAUCAACUUUUCCUUUUAUAAUGCAGUCUACUUCGAUCUUUUGAUUCCGGUCAUAUCGCAUGCUUGGGUCCAGGAUUCCGUAAAGACCAAGAGACAUUUAAGAACAAAUAUUUAUUCCCCUAAUCCUUUUCAUUUGCUUCGAGACUGUCAAGUAUACAUCUCUAAAAGUUCGUUCAAUAAGUGUGAAUACAUCUUAUACUCCGACUUACUCCAUCUUUUGGGUGGUACUUCCGUCAAUUACAUCUCCAACAGGACGACGCACGUCAUCGUACAAGGUCCCAAGGAUCCAAUCAUAGAGACGGUCAACAAAUUGACUUUUGGCUCUUUUUCUUCUUCGUCGUCCAACAAACACGCGGAGAAACCUCUAAGAGAAUGGAAAUUUGUCUAUCCAACAUGGCUAUUAUAUCAUUUCAAAAUGGCAAAGCCUUUAACAGACGAAUUAGCGACUUUGUGUGAACUUGAUAUGAACGACACCACUGAAGAACAACUUUUUGCUAAGUGGGAAGAAGUUAUUGGUGGUAAAGAGAUAUCAUCAUCAAGGCUCACUCUCCAUCCAAAUACAACUUUAUUCAAAGAUCACCAUUUUGCUAUUUCACCGGACUUGAACUUUUUCACACCUUUAUACUGGUUUUUGAAGGAAUUUAUCGAGGAUUUGGAUGGUAAAGUGACUCCGCUGGGUUUUUCUGAUGACCUAAAGUUAGUUUAUGAAAAGUCUCCUGACAUUGACUGUUAUAUCGGUCACUCUGCCAAUUCACCGAUAUUAGGGAAAACAGAAAACAUUAAACCAAAAAUUUAUGUUGGGAAUGUAAGUUGGUUAUUCUAUAUGUUUGCAAUACAGCAAUUUGCACCUGUAUCCCAGUGCAAACUUAUCCAUCAACCCUUUCAUGCCAAAUUAUUCACUUUUAAAGAAUUAACAGUAGCGUAUACUAAUUAUUUUGGUUCCCAAAGGUUUUAUAUUCAGCGAUUAGUAGAAAUAUUAGGAGGGCUUAGUACACCUGAAUUGACAAGGAAAAACACACACUUGAUAACGAAAAACACGAUUGGUAAGAAAUUCAAAGUCGCAAAGAAAUGGUCAUUAGACCCACAAAAUGCCAUCAUCGUGACAAAUCACAUGUGGUUAGAACAAUGUUACAUGAAAAAUGCCAAGCUAAAUCCCAGGGACAGUAAAUUUCAGAAUUUCAAAUUAGAUGAUAACAUGAAGUGGAAUAUUGGUCGAGCUAAGAUGGGGCAUUUAUCUCUUCAAACUCCUGAUAUUUCACCAAUGACUGCUAACGACAUGCAGCCUAUACCAAACGAAUUGUCUCCCAUAAAUGAUCAAACCGAAGGUUGUGCGAAUAUGCACACAACAAAAGACAACACUCCCAACAGUACAUUUACUAAUUCAAUCGAUGAAAAAAUCGACAAAUUACAGAAGAUUUCAGAAGAGGUAGACAAAACUCACCAGGAAAAUUUGAGAAAGGAUUCUGAUUCCAGUACUUCAACUAUAGGUCUACCUCCAAUUGAUAAUGCAAAGGUCAACUCGCUGAAGAAAAACUCAAUUUCUGAUAUCGGCGUAAAAGCAGAGGUCCUUGAAGAUUACCAAAUCAGAAAGGCAACGGAGACUCCGAAGACAAGUGUAGAGUAUGAUGUCAUUACGACUCAAAAACCUGCACGGAAAAUUAGUGGACAAGAAAUGAAAGAUCAACCACGUAAAAAGAAUGACACAGAUUGUUUGGGAAAAGAAAAGAAGACGAGAUCGCAAAUACAAUUGGACCAGCAAAUUGAAGAAGAAUAUAAAGUUUCAGAAGAAAAUGAAGCGGAAAAUAUGACCAAAGGAAGUCAUAUCGAACCAGAUGAGCUUACAAAGGGAAAGUAUGCUGAAGAAAACACAGCGAAGCCAAAUCCACGAGCAAAACACCUAGAGAACACCAAUCCAAAAAGCGAGGCUGAUAAAUACUCACGUUUAUUCGAAGGGUUAUCUGAUAGCGAUGAUCGUGUUGAUGACGCAAAAGCCAUUGGUAAUUCCCGGUAUGCCACACCGAAGACAUCACAAAAUAUAAAGACAACUGUUGGCACUCCCGUUGUUACUCAAACGGGAACUCGCACGCCUUCAAAUAGUAAUUCAAGGUUGGCAAAGACACAAGCUGCCAAGAGAUUGCAUACAGACAUUGAGUCAUUGAAUGAAUUUCAAAAAAGCUUAAAAAGGAAGAGAAUUGAUACGGAAGAGAUCAUGUUGCCUCAAAAAACUGAGAAAUCAAAUAAAGAAAAGCAACUGACUAUGAAGGUGGAUAAUAUAUUGAGCAACUUUAGUGAAUUACCCGAUUAUAACCUAAAAGCGGUCUGCACUGGAUGCUUCCAUGAUGGGUUUAAUGAAAUUGACAUUGAGAUAUUAAGCCAAUUGGGCAUUAAUAUUUUUGACAAUGUCAAAGAAACUGACGGUUUGAAUUGUAUUAUUGCCCCCAAGAUUUUAAGAACCGAGAAAUUCCUAAAAAGUUUAAGUUUUGAACCAUUGAAAUUUGCACUGAAACCUGAGUUUAUUAUUGAUUUAUUAAACUUAAUUCAUAACAAAAAGGAAAAAGCUUCUCGGAUAGACCUGAAUCUAUUUAAUUAUGUGAUUCAUGGAAUUGAUCAAUCUAUAUUAUCAAAGACUAGACUUCCAACUAAGGUGUUCGAAAGAGCUAACAUUAGAUGCAUUAACCUCGUCAAUGACAUAUCUGGUGGUGUGAACACAAUAGGUUCUGUUUUGAAGGCACAUGGAAUUGAAAAAAUUAAUGUUUUACGUAGUAAAAAAUGCGUUUUUGAAGACGUUAUGCGUAAUGAUGUCUCAAAGCAGGAAAGCGGAGGCAUUUUUAAGUACAUACUUAUUGUCACCAGGGCUUCACAAGUGAAAAAAUUUACCAAAUUAAUAAGCGAUCACGAUAAGAACUGCACGAUUUUGAUUGUCGAAUGGAAUUGGUGUGUCGAAUCCAUUUUUCAUCUUGAUGUUGAUUUGACGUCAAAGUCAAGCGUUUUAUACAAAAAAUAG